UCACUGAAAACCCUUCUCCGCAUGCCUGCGGCACUCCGCCCUCUGAUGCUCCAACCGCAGAGAGCUCUGUACCACUCCUACGAACACAUCCCACCGCCUCCCUAUCCCGCACCACAAACAGCCAUCCUCACAUCUGCCCUGCAACAUGUGCCCACUUCAGGAUUCACGCUGCAGUCCCUGACGCUUGGAGCGAAAGAGAACGGCUACCUCGAUAUCUCCACGAACCUUUUUCCCAAAGGCCCUUAUGAUUUGGUACAAUUCUACCUCAUUACCCAACGCCUCGCACUCAAAGACCGCAUUCAAUUCCACGAUCCAAAAGUGCGAAGUUUGAUUCUCGCGCGUCUGCAAGCAAAUGUCGAUGCGGGCAUUGUCCCGCAAUGGACGCACGCGUUAGGACUCAUGUCUCUGGCCGAGAACAUUCCCGCGAGUGUAAAAGAAUUGGGCCUGUUGAGCGAUGAAAUGUGGUUUCUGGCAGGUGAUACCAGUGUGGAUUCGUCGUGGUAUACGAAACGGGCGAGUUUGAGUGCCGUGUAUGCUGCUACCGAGGUGUUUCAGACGAGGGAUCAGAGUACGGAGUUUAGGGAUACCGAGGAGUUUUUGGAUCGGAGGUUGGAGGAGGUGAGGGUGUUGGGGAGUGCGGUGGGAGGGACGCUGGAGUGGAUGGGCUUUCAGGCGGGGAGUGUGAUGAAUCUUUUGAGAAGUAAGGGUGUGAGGGUGUGAGGGUGUGAGGGAAUGGGUGGCAAUGAAAUUUCACCAGCCUGAAACUGUAUCGACAUCUUCCGGAAACAGUCACGAUGCAAGCACGCACUCUGAGCACUAUUGGCUGCUCAAGACCUUUGAACUGCCCGCCUCUGCUGUCUCUGAGCAUCACAUCGUAGAGACCUUCUUCAGCAUCGUCUGUCGACCUUCUGUCUUCCCUCGUCUGCCCAGAGCUUGUGAGCUGGCUGCCUACAUGUCUCGAUCGUCGAGGUAAGAGAGCAAACAUCGCGUUGCGGACAUGGGGCAUUCUCUCAUGCAAAAGCCAGUCCAUUGCUCCUCUGGUCAUGCUUUCUGCAGCUCUGACGAUCCCCCCCUCGUACUCGAUCAUCAACAUCAUCCUCCUCCUCCUCCUCAUCGGCAUCUCUCGCCACUUUCAAGACACAAACGAGAAUCCCCUCUGGUCCACCAUGCUCUCCCGCCUUCACCUCCUUCUUGAUUUGCGCCAGCAUCGCCUGCAGAGUCUCACGAUAUCCAUCUCGUUGCUUCAUACUAAUGAGACGAUAUAGCGGGCCCGUCCUGGACGCCGUGGGCAUUCGCGCGGUGAGAGUGUAGUAGUCUUCGUCGAGCUCCAGGAUCUCGUAUACCUCUUUCAAGCUCACGUCGGGCUUCAUGGUGAUGGCUUUCUCCCAGACGAUCGGCCACCGCUCCUUGGCCACUUCUGGAGGGUGUCAGAAUUACAUCCUAGGACUGCUGCACGUGGUGUUUGGCGCGACUUAACUGAAGAUGAGCUCGAAGAUCGAGAGGUUCGCUUCCAGGGCGGCGAUUCUUGCUUGGAGCAUCUGCAGCUCCUGGUCGUGUCGGGAUGGGUUUGAGGUCAUCAUGGCUUUUCUUGUGGGUUACUGUUACAUGUAUUCUUGAUGUUGAGUUAGAGAGAGAGAGGAAGAUUUGCUAUGUUGAGGCUUAGAGAAGAGUGGAAUCAUCUUUUUGAUAAAAC